AAACAGGAUUCUCAUCCACUGAACAUAAUCAAGGAUACCAGGCACAGAGAACCAAACUAUUAUAUCAAAUCCAAACCCUAAAAUGGAAGAAGCCAAAAGCCAAAGUUUGGAGGAAGACUUUGAAGGACAGGCCACACAUACAGGACCCAAAGGAGUAAUAAAUGACUGGAGAAAGUUUAAAUUAGAGAGUGAAGACAGAGAUUCAAUUCCACCUAGCAAGAAGGAGAUUCUCAGACAAAUGUCUUCUCCUCACGAUAGAAAUAACAAAGACUUAAAAGAAAGAUUCAGCAGAAAGAUGAGCAUUCAAGAAUAUGAAUUAAUUCACCGAGACAAAGAAGAUGAAAAUUGUCUUCGUAAAUACCGUAGACAGUGUAUGCAGGAUAUGCACCAGAAGCUGAGUUUUGGGCCUAGAUAUGGGUUUGUGUAUGAGCUGGAAACUGGGGAGCAGUUCCUGGAAACCAUUGGAAAGGAGCAGAAAAUCACAAUUGUUGUUCAUAUUUAUGAAGAUGGUAUUAAGGGUUGUGAUGCUCUAAACAGUAGCUUUACAUGCCUUGCAGCUGAAUACCCUAUGGUCAAGUUUUGUAAAAUAAAAGCUUCUAAUACAGGUGCUGGGGAUCGCUUUUCCUCAGAGGUACUCCCCACACUGCUUGUUUACAAAGGUGGGGAACUCAUAAGCAAUUUUAUCAGUGUUACAGAACAAUUUGCUGAAGAAUUUUUUUCUGGGGAUGUGGAGUCUUUCCUAAAUGAAUAUGGAUUACUACCUGAAAGAGAGAUACAUGCCCUAGAUCAGACCAACAUGGAAGAAGAUACUGAAUAAAGAGUCAUUAUGUCAACAUCUCAUAUUUCUCCAAGUUGAACAUUGAUUUUCGUAGUAUCCAUAUUCCUUUAGAGAACACAAAGUAUGCCUGUGGCUAUUUUAAUUUGUAAGAAAAAAAAAGAUUGAUACUAAAAUUAUUUGAUUGGCAUUUCUUAUUUACUUAAAUGAAUAGAAGGCUUUACUACAAAAUAUUGUAGUCUUCAGUAACAUGUUAGUAGUCAGAGGAUAUAGAUAAUAUUGUGAUGGUUUUCAAAAAUCCCUUUCAAGUUAUGUGUUGGCUUUUUUACUCCUUUUCUUUUCCUCAGUAUUAUUAUUUGGACUUUUAAAAUCAUAUUAUCAAUCAUAAUUUUGCUCAUGUGAUAAGAAUAAAGUUUCAUGAGGAAAUAA